GGAGCUGCAGUGUGUCUCCGCGCCGCCGCGCCCCCCUCCUCACCGCCUCGGAGUUCAGGUCCUGCGGAGGUCGCGAGCAUGAAGGAGCGACGGGCGCCGCAGCCAGUGGUGGUCAGAUGUAAGCUCGUGCUGGUAGGGGAUGUGCAGUGCGGGAAGACGGCGAUGUUACAGGUGCUAGCGAAGGACUGCUAUCCCGAGACCUAUGUGCCUACCGUGUUUGAGAAUUACACAGCGUGUUUGGAGACAGAGGAUCAGAGAGUGGAGCUUAGUCUCUGGGAUACCUCAGGAUCUCCCUACUAUGACAAUGUUCGUCCACUCUGCUACAGCGACUCAGAUGCAGUAUUACUGUGUUUUGACAUCAGCCGUCCUGAGACUGUGGACAGUGCACUCAAGAAAUGGAGGACAGAAAUCCUAGAUUAUUGUCCUAGCACCCGAGUUUUGCUUAUUGGCUGCAAGACAGAUCUGCGAACAGACCUGAGCACUCUGAUGGAGCUGUCCCACCAGAAGCAGGCACCCAUCUCCUAUGAGCAGGGCUGUGCAAUAGCCAAGCAGCUGGGCGCAGAAAUCUACCUGGAGGGCUCUGCUUUCACCUCAGAAAAGAGUAUCCACAGCAUCUUCCGGAUGGCAUCCAUGGUGUGUCUGAACAAGCCCAGUCCAGUGACCCCAAAGAGCCCUGUCCGAAGCCUCUCCAAGCGACUACUCCACCUACCCAGUCGCUCUGAACUCAUCUCUUCUACCUUCAAGAAGGAAAAGGCCAAAAGCUGUUCCAUUAUGUGAAGUGGGAGUUGGAGGGGGCAGACAGUCCCCCAUAUCCUCCCUUGGGGUGCAGAGGCACGGGGAGAGGGAGGAUGAGACAAUUGAGGACACUGGACACGAGGUUUUCAGAUGGCCACAGUGAGAGCUUGGAAGGAGAGAAGAAUGGGAUGAGGAAGGAGCCAGGCCUGGCAUGAAGACCUAAUUUAAGUGAGAACCAUCACACCCCAAUCCAGGCACUAGACUGUAGAGGGGGCAGCUUCCUCAGUACCCCCUCCAGAGGAAGGAAGGGGAUGGAGGAAUGGGUGACAUGCUGGUCUCUCAGGCUUAGGGGCCUACCAGAGUCUCACGUUCAGCAUCAUGCCUCUUCCACACAGUGUUCCCAUGCAGGCCGGGGGAUGGGAAGGGUCCCUGAGCUCUUCUCUCCCCCUCUGAGAAGUGGCAGGGGAAUGGAGAAUGGGGAAGCCAAGAGGCAGCUCCCUUAGGAGCUUAGCCCAGGUGCUUUGUAAUUGAAACCAGGAGGGCAGGGCUGGUCAGAGCUAAUAAGGAAACCUCAUCUUUGCAUAGCCCAUGCAUCAUAGAGGUGACAUCAUACAUUUACAUGCUUCUCACCUAAGUCCCCAGGGCCCAAGGGAGAAGCCCCAGACCCCCUUCUCUUGUGAGUGUGGGGGGUGGUGGUGCUGCAGGGGCAGGGCUGGGUGGGGUCACCAGACUUUUUCUGUCCUUUGGGCAGUAUGGCUGGCAUUUGUUUUAUAGACUCUUGUCUUUGGAACUGGGGGGAGGGGGGAGUGUUUCAACCUGUUAUAUGUUCUGUGUUUAAAGAAGAAAACCUAUUUAUUAUUGAAAAAUAUAUAACACACAUAAAGAA